CCCCCCCAACUUUCCCCAGUUGUAGUGGUCCCUCCAGCAACACGGACCGAGUGAAAGGUUCCGCACUCACUUGGUCAGUGAGAGAAACACAGAAUCAUCACCAGGUUGUUGUUCGAAAUUCACAGUGAUGUGAUUGGGGGAGCAGUUGUCCCAAGUGGAUCAAUGUGCAGGUAGAUGAGCAUUUGUUCAUCUUUGUGCUACAAAGGACCACUCAUUGGGCCGUCUUGAGUGAAGCUCCCAAGUCCCAACCAGUCAUGGCAGAACCACCAGACCCAGCUGUCCAUCUCCAACAAGAAGAAGCAGCAGGUAUCAAGGGAGAAGACAAUCAGUCUACUGCGAAGAUUACGCAGCAGCAACAUUGUUUAGAUAGCGAUCAGCCUGACGAGAGGACGGUAGCUCUGACUGAUGGGUGGAGUCAAGAGGAGUUGUUGAACGAGCCGAAUGUGGAGAAGGGCACCAUCCCUCCAACUGACCUCGCUGGGCAUGGUGAUGACGAUAAUGAUUGCAAAGGAGCAAAGAGAGAUGAGGAACCAACAAUGAAAGAAGAGUUUGCUGCUGGGGUGGACCAACUGGGGGAUGAGGAGGCACCGGAGCACAUCACACCAGCAACAGAUGGCGACACAAACCAUGAUCAUGCAGACGAUCCCAUUGAAAGGCUCCAGGAAGCUCUGUUCCUUAAUGACACAAAUCAUGAUGAUCAAAAAGAAUCCAGAAUUUGGAAUCCCGAGGAAGAAGAGACCACACAGGUGCCGCGGAAAGCCUCAAUGGAGGAGCUGAUGGAUGAUCGGAGUACGCAGGUGGAGGCCAUUGGCCCGACCACUCAGGAAACAACUGAUUUCGAAGUUACUGGAAUACCCGGAGUAAAAAGAUACCUGAUCGGCAUCGGCAUACUGUUGGCCCUCGUCGCCAUGGUAGUGCAGCAUGUCCUCAGCCCCGAGCCCCCGCCUCCGAGCGUCACGCCUCCGAUCGACAUCUUUCUCAGGCAGCUGGAAAAAGUCGAGUCUCGCUUCCCUCGCCAGCGUCCCGAGCUGUGGAACCGGAGCCGGAUCCACCUGAAGAGGCACCUCCUGACCCAACGUCCCAGCCAGCCCGUCAGUCUGAUCCUGACGGCGGGCGUCGCGGGCCGCCAGACGCUCCGCUGCUUGGCCCGCGACCUGGCCUCCGCCUUCUCCUCCUCGCUGAACGGCUCCGUGCUGCACAUAGACGGCGCCAGCAGAGCCGGAGAGGACAGCGACCAGGUGAAGCUGGACAUCGACGGCCAGCUGCAGUGGGCCUUUGAAGGAGACAAACCCGUGGCGGUGAUUCACCGCUUCGAGCAGCUGCCACCGGGCUCCACCCUCAUUUUCUACCGCUAUUGUGAUCACGAGAACGCGGCGUACAAGAAGACGUUCCUCAUCUUCACAGUCCUUCUGGAGGAAGAGGAGGAUAUCCCUGCCGGGACUUCUUUGAGCGCCGUGGAAGAGAUGGUGGACGACCACCUCCAGAGGAAGUUCCUCUCGCACAGUCGUCCCCUGGCCUUCGACAGGAUGGACCUGGACAAGUACAGCGGACUGUGGAGCCGCAUUUCUCACCUCAUCCUUCCUGUUUCUGCCGAAGCGUGGACGGCGCACGAAAGCUGCUCGUGAACACUCUAAUUAUCUUUGGCCGCAUCUUUGAGGUUGUUGGUUGGUGGCCAUAUUGACAGGUUUGAUGAACACGUGGUGACACUUUAAGGACUGUGAUUAACUCCCAUGGAAGUCAGUUGAGCGCAGCAUCACCAGGGCCAACCAAUCUGUAUUUUAGUACAGUGCCAAAUUGUACACCCUCAUAGAUAGACACCUCUUGCAUAUUAACAUCCAUGCAUCAUUCCCUGUGAAAUGAAGGAAAAUUAUUAUUUUUUUUAAAUCAAUGUUUUAAAUUUCCAAUUUACAUUUUUUCAAAACAGAUUUUUUUCCCCAUGUUCAUGAAAAUAAGUUCAGUAGGUUUUUGAAACAGCACUGAUUCAUGAAGACUAAACAGUGGUGGAUGUGGGCUUAAGUGUAGACAUUUACUUGUAAGAUAAAAAUGACUUGUAAUUUAAGCAGUGUUCUUCGAUGCACAAUGAUGUCAAAUAGUACAAAUUGAGAAAUUUUAAUAUUCUAAUUAUUAUUAUUUUUAAAUCACCACUAUUUAUAUUCAUAACAAAUGUAAACCUAAACCAAGAAGAAGCUCUGUGCAGGAUCACGACAGGAAAAUGAUUAUUUUAUUUUACCAAUCUGUGUUUUUUUAAUGAUUUUUUUUGUCCACCAUCUUGUUUUUUUGUUGAUCACUUAUUACUUACAGCACAAUUAAUACACAACACUAUUUUAAUAGAAUCUUUUCUGCAAUCGCCAAUCAUCCUCUGGCACCACGCUGCGGUGUGUUUACCGAACUUCCUCUGUCAUACUCCAGGAAGACUGUUCUGUUCUACUUCAUACUGUACAUGAGCCUUCAAUCAAAUAAAGACAGAAUUCUCAGG